AUGCAAAGCUUGACGAAAGUGCCGGCUGUUGCCCUGAUGUUGCCCAUGCCGCUCUCCGCUGAUGCGCAAGAGGCGUUGGACGACAUCAAGCAAGCAGGCGACGAGCAGAGAAAGCAUGGUGGUGAGAUCCUCAUCGCUGCUGAGACUAGUUACUGGGACAGCCCCAGAAUGCUCUACAUCCUCAAGACAAAAGCCGUCGACACCGAAAGCCCCAUAGCGCAGUUGCAGAAGUUCCUCGAGGUGGUCGCUGAAGCCACAUUGCCCGUAAAGGCGCCCGACGGGCCCUGGCUGUGGUCAUUGCAAGAGCCCGAUGUCGCCGCAGCUCUGCUGGUGUGCGAGGUGGUGAACGAUUCAGAAUGUUGGUUCUGGCGGCUUCUUCGAACACUACGUAUCCUCACGCCCAUUUGCCUUCAAGAGCAGCAGCGCCACGUGAAGGAGCAGUAUGCUCCAUCCACCACCUAUGUUCUGGCGUGGUUGAAUCAGUACACGCAGGGAAUUUGGCCUUUGCUGGUGGUGUCGGUACCUUUUGCUUUUGUAAACCCUGAGCGACUGGACACGGUCAGCUGGGAGUUCUACACACUUCAGGUGAUUGUGAUGGUUUGGGCCAUGUUCAUGAUCGCUCGCAGCCGACAUCGCACGCAGUUUGUCCAGUCCUAUGAAGCUGGAGAGAGCAGGACCUUUGCAGCUGCUAACCUGUUUCAGGUCGCCAUUACGUGA